AUGUUCGCCGAAACCGCUCUUGUUUCCAACUUCAAUGGAGUGCCAGAGAAGAAAUCUCUUACCGGCGCCUCCACCAACCUGAAGAAGCUGCUAAAGACCAUCAAGAAGAUCUUCAAGAACUCGAAGCCUUCAAAGGAAAUCCCGGUCUCCAACAUCAUCUACUCCUGCAAUACUGAGGAGGAGCACCAGAACUGGCUCAACGAACAACUUGAGGCCAAGGCAAUCAGCCUUCUGUGCUGA